AUGGCGCCCGGCAAGAGGACGAACCCGUCGUCCGCCGAUGAGCGCACUCCCCUCAUCCCCUCCAUAGAACACCAACCCGCGACCCCUCUGCCCAUCACGACCCCGCAAGGAGACGACGGCAAUACCAUCCCCCCAAACGAGUUCGACCUUCUCCUCUCAAAAUCCCUCCCCACGUCGGGUCCCUUCCUUGAGCCGGAAUCAACAGUAAAUCCCCUCCUCCGGGGUCCCCGCCGCUACAGCAAGACCUCCAACCGCCGGCCCUCGCUCGGGAGCCGCUCCGACCGCUCCGAUGCGGGCGUCUACGACACCGCUGUCGCCGACGACGACGACGCCCUCAGCACCACCAGCGUCGAGUCGACCCCCUACCUCAACGGCAUCUCAAAGUCCCGCUUCUGGUUCAUCUUCGCCGAGAUCCUCCUGACCUACUUCAUCGCCUGCUUCGACGGCACCAUCAUGGCCUCCUCCCACCCGGUCAUCACCUCCUACUUCCACGCCUCCAACAGCGCCAGCUGGCUCUCCACCGCCUUCCUCCUCACCAGCUCCGCCUUCCAGCCCCUGCUGGGCCGCCUGUCCGACAGCAUCGGCCGCAAGCCGCCCUACGUCGCCACCAUGGUCAUCUUCUGCAUCGCGACCGUCUGGUGCGCGCUCGCGCAGAGCAUGACGAGCUUCAUCCUGGCCAGGGCGGCCUGCGGCCUCGGCGCCGGCGGCAUGAUGACCCUCGGCAGCAUCAUCGUGAGCGACCUCGUGCCCAUCGAGAACCGCGGCGCCUACCAGUCCUACAUCAACAUGAUCUACGGCGUCGGCUCCGCCCUCGGCGCGGCCCUCGGCGGCGCCAUGGCCGACCACCUCGGCUGGCGCUGGGAGUUCGGCAUCCAGGUGCCCCCCCUCAUCAUCUGCUGCGUCAUCGCCGUGAUCGCGGUCCCCGGCGACCUGGGCCUGCAGGGGAGCAAGCGCGAGACCUUCGUCGAGGCCAUCCGGGCUUUCGACUUCAAGGGCUCCGUGCUGCUGACGACGGCCAUCACGUUUUUCGUGCUGGGGUUGAACCUGGGAGGAAACGUGCUGCCGUGGUCGCAUCCGGUGGUCGUCGCCUCGCUCGUCAUCUUCGGGGUGAGUUUCCCCGUGUUUUUGUACGUGCAGUCGUAUGCCGGGCGGCCGAUCAUGCCGCUGUACCUCGUGAGGCACGCGCCGCGGGCGAACUUGAUCUUUUCCAACUUCUUCGCUGCGUUGCUGAGUAACGCCAUUCUGUUUAACAUCCCCCUGUUCUUCCAAGCCGUCCUCCUAACAACAGCAACAUCAUCCGGUCUGCGCCUCGUCCUGCCCUCCAUCGUCUCAUCCAUCUUCGGCACCGCGACGGGCUUCCUAAUCACCUACACCCGCCGCCUCAAAUGGCCCCCUCUCUCCGGCGCCGCGUGCCUCUUCGUCGGCUGCCUCUGCCUCUCCCUCAUGCGCCGCGGCUGGCCGUCGUGGCUGUACCUCCUCUGCCUUGUCCCCUCCGCCAUCGGCCAGGGCUUCCAGUUCCCGGGCACCUUCAUGGCGGUGCUGGCGGCGAGCGACCAGCGCGAGCAGGCCGUGGUGACGAGCACGCUGAUCCUGUGGCGGUCGCUGGGCAUGGUGCUGGGCGUGGCGAGCAGCUCGCUCGUCGUGCAGAACGCGCUGGUGGGCUACCUGGACGACUUCGUGCGCGGGCCGGACAAGGACGAGGUCAUCCGCCGGGUGAGGGAGAGCGUGGAGGAGGUCGCGAAGCUGCCGGCGUCGUACCGCGAGCAGGUCGUCAUGAGCUACGAGGCGGCGCUGAGGUUGACGUUUCUGUGUUGCACGGCGAUUGCGUUUGUUUCCGUGUGCUUGCUCGUGCCGAUCAGGCUGCCGAGACUGGGCGCGCGUAAGUGA